ACUGGCGCUCAGUCAAGUUCAGUCGUUCCGUAGUCAGUAUCUUGUAAGUGAGUGGGAUCUUAAGACCAGUUGGUGCCACUCUUUGGACUCGUUGAACUCUUUGUACUCAUUGGAUUCUUUGGUCGGGAACUUUUGGAUUUAACGUGGACAGUCUCCCGUAAGCGAUCGGAGUAUCCAGUGAUUGACCUGUUCUCUUGGUCACCUGAUCGAUGCGUCUGUAUCGAACCGGAUUUCAUUUGAUCGGUGGAUCAUGAUUCCCUUAAAGGAGGAGAGUCUGAUGUUUUAUUCAAAAAAUGACAAUUUCACAACGAUAGCAUGGCUGUACCUGUACACGCAAUUUAUAGUGGGAGCUGUCAUAUCAGGAUUUUUGGCAUUUCUCGCUGUUUUAAAAUCCAUAUUACCAAAACCACCGAGAGAUCUAACAGGAGACAUAGCAUUGAUAACAGGUGCUACUACGCUUCUGGGCAGUUCGUUGGCUAAGGAAUUUUCGAGAGCUGGCUGCUCCGUUGUUUGUAUCGAUAAGGAUCUGAAGUCUGUGAAAAGGACUGUAUCUUGUCUGGAAAAUUGUUCAAGGGUGGAGAGAAUUGGUUCGGUGCAUCGUAAACGUCAGGAUUCUGAACGUAUGCAAAAGUCAUUUGCGUACGAGUGCGACUUUAAUGAUAGAGAUGAGAUUCGUGGAAUUGCCAAAAAAAUUAAUGACGAAGUCGGGCAGGUUGAUAUUCUUGUUACCUGUUUUGGGAGUCAGGAUGAGGAUAUACUGGAUACUGUUAGUAAUACAUUGAUGAGUCAUUAUUGGACGGUGCUGGCAUUUUUACCUUUCCUAUUGCUGCGUCGAAAAGCGCAUGUUAUUGGAGUGACGCCUACGAUCUCUGUGCAAGAUGCUUACAUGGGUUCCAGAGCGGCUGUUACUGGUCUCAUGGAAAGUUUAGGUCAAGAAUUCGCGAGGCAAAGGAGUCAGUUGAAAUUUAUCACUGUAGCUCCCAAAGCUGAGCCCAGGUUAUUAAAGAAAACCGAGUACGAGAUUGCUAGAAACGUGGUGGAGGCAGUUCGCACGGAUCAAAGUAGUCUCAGUGUGAACUGGUGUUCUAGAAUGUUGUAUCGUAUAAGCUGCGUUAUAUAUAGAGCGAUAAACAUCAUCACGCAGUGAUUGUAUACUCAAGGAUGCGAUUAUUCUCAUUAGCGAAUAAUUUCAAUAUGCGAAAAUUUUAGUUCAAAGCAAAAUCUUUAUGAGCAACGAAAGUUCGGUUAUCUGUUAUUAAUAUUAAUCGUGAACGUACGAAUUAAUUAGGGGAAAUGAGACGUAGAACGUAAGCAUGUUAAUUUAAUAAAAAUAGUCAUAGCAAGAUCCAAAGAAGCAUUACGGAAGUAUUUAACUGGACGUCUUUUGCUUUAAAAUUAUUUUUCAAAAGGGUCAUAUAUACUUGUUGAUUAGUUCAUUAUGAUAGGUUUGUUCAAUGUAUUUGGCUCAAUUGGUUACUGACUCUGUGAAUACUGUAUAUACGAUAUGGACAAGUGUUUUGUUUAAACAAAAGGAAUUUUAAAUUCUUUGUAUAAUCAAACAACAAAUCAAUUGGAAUAUUCAUGUAGUAAACGUGAAAUGAAUAAAAAACAUUGAUUU